AUGGGCGGCCGAAGGCGUCCUGCCCGUGUGGCAGACCGAUGUCACCGAACCCUGCAACACCAUAUAUGCCGUCCUCAUCCAGCAGCCGGCAAGAUCGGUUCCAUCUUGGCCGUGCUGAUCGUCUACGGCGUCGAUGUCGAAUACGACUCGGCCACGAAGCAGGGCCUGCUUUUCUUGCUCUUCAGCUCUUUCAUGUCUUUUGGCGCUUUGUACAGCUGGGCUUAUCUACCGGAUGUCCAGCGGCGCAACGUUGUCCCGAAUCACAGCACCGGCGAGGCUGCUCGCGGCCACCUCGAGAACAAAAAUCUGGAGGAUCUGGGAGAAGGCCGGGCCAAGGCCAAGCAAGAAGGUGAGAUCAUCACCAUCCGCGGCAAGUGGAGCGAGUCACGGCGGUGGUAUGACCAGAGGCGCUUGCACUCGACCGGCGCUGCCUGA